AUGCGUUCUACAGCUUCCCGAAUUACCAAAUAUCCUUUGGUGGACCGAAUUGCAGCGGUAUCCAAUGCCUGGAAAUCUCGGACGAACAUCGUCAGUCCUGAUCUUUGCGACGAUGUCAUACAGCGCCUGGCUCCGUCGCUGGCACAGCAUAUCGGCUGCACCAUCAUAGAUAUAAAUCCGGGCAUAGGUUUGUGGUCUUCCAAGCUCCAUGACUACCUUAAACCUCGCAACCACAUCCUCAUGGAACCCAAGCAGAACGUCUAUCUACCUUUCCUCCAGCCACUGCUCGAUGCUCCUGGCUCUCGAUAUCGCCUUAAGGACUGGCUGGACUCAGACCUAUGGCAACCCAAAAGAUAUGUCGAAGAAGGGCUGUUGCAUGAUGCAGAAGGGUAUGGUGGUCCUCCUCCUACGACUGAAGAACCGAACAAUUCGAUCUUGAUAAUUGCAAAUUUGGCGGGCCAGCGCCAAAAAGUUCCGGGAGAAUCAAGGGCUGCCACGUCUGCUCAUCUGAAAGCCAUUGACUUCUCACGCGCCGUGAGGCACCGAUCAGGGUUCCAAACUUAUGGGCCAACGCGGAUGCUCAUGUGGUUAUCUGAUGAAGACAAGCGUGCCCUUUUGCCGAGGACUGUGGGCUAUCGGGGGAAACUCUCAGUAUAUAUGGAGGCCAAUUUGGAUCUGGAAGAAAUAGUAGGGUUUCCACACGCUUCUGGCGCGAAAAUACGCCGCGAGGAUGCUCUAAAUAUUGGAUCAAGCAAGCAGGUUGCGAAACGGAUGCAAGAGAAUGACAUAAAGAUACCCUUACGUCGUCAAACUGGGGCGGGAGACAGGAAAUAUGACCUCUCGGAGGUAUCUCGUUACUGGCAUAAAGAAUUGCAGGACCUAGAACAGGGUUUUCAAAGAGAAUAUUUUAGCCAGUAUGCGAAGAGACCAGCCGCAGAGCCGAUUGACGGACACAUGCCUAAGGAAGGGAGCGGAAAGGCGAAGAGUAGGACUUCGGUUACUCUUACUCCUGAAUACAAGAGAAUGAUGACGCUUCGUCAUGUCGCCAAUGGCCAAAACGUCACAAUCGACCGAAUCAAUACAGUCUUGAAAAAGCAGGAAAAGAUAGACAGAAUGGACCUUGAUCUGCAUCGCGAGGAUAUAAAGGCAUUGGAGCAAGAGGAGAUUAUCAACGCGUUGGACUAUAGGAUCCAGGAUUUCAAGGAUGAGCUAGAGGGAUUGACUGCGAAACAAAAGAAGACACUUUUCUUCCUCGACGACGACCGAAGAGCAUUCGCGAUGGACCCUCCGCUACUAAUGUGGGACCGGCGCAAAGCUGAGCCCCUCUCAGCUGAAAAGGAUGAGUUCUACGCGUCGAAAGAAAUUGCUCUUUUAGACUUCCAGCCAAAGACAACCGACAAAUUCUCAAUGACCUCGGAACAGUCUUACUACUUCGACCUAAUCUCGACGUCCCUCCUUGGCCCAAGAGGUCAAGCAACACUCAAGCAUCUCAAAACGAUAGCACCAGGAGCUUUCGAAGCUCUGGUACCUCAAGUACCAGCCAUCCGAGACCCACGAAAAGGAGGCCGAUAUGAUAUAGAAAGCGUGCGUGUUCGGGCUGUGACUCCAGAGAUGUUCCACGGCCUUGCUGUUGCUUGGGACAAUUGGGUGUUCAAGCCUCCAAUAGAGGACGUGCUGACUCAGUUUGGUACCAAUUAUAAGGAGGGGACUGCGUUAAGGAAAGGGGCCAUAGCAAGGCUUUGA